UAACGGAUAUCGAGAAGGAAAUGAUUUUCAAGGACUCUUGUUCACCCCGGUGAAAAUCGUCCUGUGUUGUUUUCCGUUCCUCGCUCCCACAAUUUCUUGUUCAUACAAAAGUCCUAAUUAAGAUACCAGAAGGAACAAUUUUAAUUUUUUCCUUUUCAAUUCGGUCUCAGUCACUGUCACAUGCAAGUUCAACCCUUUAGGGUAAUUGUAUAGAUUAUCUCGAGAUUUCCUCCCACAAUCAACCAAGUGCUACGGACGCAAACGAUUCCUCCAUUAUUUUACGUUUUCUGCUUCCAAAAGUCAUCAAGAACAUUACACUCAGAUUCAGUUUUCUUCUCCACCACCUCCACCUCCUCCUCCUCCUCCUCCUCCUUAUUCUUCCUCACUUCUGAGCUUUUUGCAGAAAGUGAUGGCAUCUCUCAGCUUCAGCGGGACCCACAUCAAAACUGGGCGCUCUUCUGCUUCUGGGUUUGGCUUAUCUCGUCGUCCCACAAGUCUGAUUCGUCCUAGUAGAGGUGGAUUUAAGGUUUAUGCUUCGGAGACUCAGGCAGAACCAGAUCUUAGUGUUAAAGUUAACGGAUUACACAUGCCCAAUCCUUUUGUAAUUGGGUCGGGUCCACCGGGGACCAACUAUACGGUCAUGAAAAGGGCCUUUGACGAAGGCUGGGGCGUGAUCGCCAAAACUGUGUCACUUGAUGCAGCAAAAGUCAUUAAUGUUACACCUCGAUAUGCCCGACUACGGGCAGGCGCAAAUGGUUCUGCCAAAGGAGAAAUUAUUGGGUGGGAGAACAUAGAACUUAUCAGUGACCGUCCUCUUGAAACUAUGUUGAAAGAAUUUAAGCAAUUAAAGGAAGAGUACCCAGACAGAAUUCUCAUUGCUUCAAUCAUGGAGGAGUACGAUAAAUCUGCCUGGCAGGAGCUUAUCGAUCGUGUUGAGCAAACUGGAGUUGACGCAAUUGAAAUAAAUUUUUCCUGUCCUCAUGGCAUGCCAGAACGCAAAAUGGGUGCAGCAGUCGGGCAAGAUUGUGCGCUUCUGGAAGAGGUUUGUGGGUGGAUAAAUGAGAAAGCUACAGUUCCUGUUUGGGCUAAGAUGACUCCUAACAUCCUGAUAACAUCAGCCAGCAAGAGAGCUCUUAGAUCAGGAUGCGAGGGAGUAUCGGCUAUAAAUACAAUUAUGAGUGUCAUGGGAAUCAAUCUCGAUACACUACACCCAGAGCCUUGUGUUGAGGGAUAUUCAACUCCUGGUGGUUAUUCUGCAAAGGCAGUUCAUCCCAUUGCACUGGGGAAGGUGAUGAAUAUUGCAAAAAUGAUGAAGUCAGAGUUUGACAGUGAUAGCUACUCACUGUCCGCGAUAGGUGGUGUUGAGAAAGGUGGUGAUGCUGCUGAAUUUAUCCUUCUAGGGGCAAAUACUGUUCAGGUAUGCACUGGGGUUAUGAUGCAUGGCUACGGCCUUGUGAAGAAACUAUGUGCUGAGCUUAAAGACUUCAUGAAAAAGCAUAAUUUCACAUCCAUAGAAGAUUUCAGAGGGGUCUCUCUCCAGUAUUUUACUACCCACACUGACUUGGUAAAGAGACAACAGGAAGCAAUUCGACAGAGGAAAGCCAUAAGGAAAGGUUUGCAGUCUGAUAAAGACUGGACAGGAGAUGGUUUCGUGAAGGAGACUGAAAGCAUGGUUUCCAACUGAACUAUGUAACCAGACAGAUCAAGCGUCUUCUUCCUGUAUGGUUUGACAUAAAUAAUGGGGCAAUGGAGUAAAGUCUCUUGUAUUAUUCAUAUUCAAUCCAUGUUUCUGAGUAAUGUGUGAAUAUUUGUGUACCUUUAUCAGAACUACCAUUUCCACAGAAGUUCAAAGAAGACAAUACACAGCUAUCAUGGCAUUUUCUUUUAGACU